AAACGCUCUGCUGACCGCGCAACAUGACCGUGACCGCACAUAAAAUGGCGAGCAUCGCUCUCGAAUGCUAGAUCCGCGUGAGAGUUCACUGUGUGACGGUGGCAACGAGGCUGCUUAGUCGGACUCGGCAGUGGCCUGCACGUGUUUUCGGACUUUUGCGGUGUAUUCCUCGAAAAGAGCACUUCCGCAGAAGUUUCUUGAAGAUGAGCGCUAGCCGUUCCUCGAGCCGCCGGCGCCGCGUGGCGGUGCCGCUGUUGCUGCUACUCGCGCUGCUGGCUGCGGUCCCUGCGUGUAAGGCCACGAAGUUGCACAAGGUGGCUGCGCUGGCUGGCGCGUAUGGAAUUGGCGCCGGCGGACACUUGUUGGGCGGCCUGGGCCUGCUGCACGGCUUGCAUGGUCUCUACAACCACCAUCAUGGGCACCACCACGGUCACCACCCCGGUCAUCACUACGAGCACCACGUAUCAUACGCCGUUCCGGUGCCGGUGCCCGUACCAGUACACGUUCACCAUCUGCACACGGACCAUCACCAUGACUUUGGCUAUCACGGCUUCGGAUACCACAGCGGCUACGGAGGAUACGACGGCUGGUGGUGAAGCCACGAACUGGGAUGACCUCUGCGGAGAACACCGGCUUACUGAGCACCUGACUAAAGCAUCAGGGAUUCCGAGGUGUAUGCGUGACUUUAGUGUAUGUGAACGCAAGUUCUAGCCAGAACAAGCAGCUUUCAGAUCGUAAGAAUUCCUUUGAAAGUAUAAUUUCAACCAGCUGUCCUCGGGAGAGUAUACAAAUAUACGUAUGCAUGCGCGAAAUCAGUCUGGAACGAGCUGGAUACCCGACAGAGUUGAUGUGCUGCGAUAGACUUCUGAAGAAAUCGAUACGAUGCUUACGAUCAGUUUCCAAUGAAUGCGAUCCUGGCACGCGAUCAGUUUGACUGCGCUAUUAUAGUUCCUAGUUUCCAUUUUUAUCGCGUCAUGUAGCACGCGCAACUGCGCUAGCUCAAUAAAAUAUUUU